AUGGAUACACUUUGUAUACCUGUUCAUCCAAGCGAGUUGGCAAAGAGUUACCGCAAGAAAGCCAUCCAGCUUCUCGGAAAGACGUUUCAUGAGGCAACUGCAGUGCUAGUUCUCGACAGGGAACUAGAAAUUGUAGAAUCUGCUACUGUGCCGUUUCUAGAGUUGGGCUUGCGUAUCCUCUGCAGUGGAUGGAUGAAGCGUUUAUGGACACUCCAGGAAGCCACACUUGCUAGUGAGGCUCAUGGCGUAGAUAAGCUUUACUUCCAGAUGCAGGAUGGUCCAUUCCUGUAUCAGAAGUACAAUCGAGAUAGGAAAGCCUUAAACAGCCUAGACAAACACACGACUGAGAUUCAGGCUGAAGAGCGAACCUUGCUCUAUGACGAUGGGAUUAUGCUGCUGCUUGGGGAACAGAUUCCAUCUGUCCGAGCUAUGCGUGAAAAGCGCAAAGGCUGGUCACCGUUCCAGGUCAUCUAUUCUGCCAUAGAGCAUCGAUCUACCAGUAAAUUCGAAGAUGUACCGGUCUGCAUUGCGUCUUUGCUGGGCAAAGACCUAACCACGAUUGUGUCUACUUCGGAUGCAGAACAGAGAAUGGCGAACUUCUACAUGCUCAUGCGCGAAGUUCCAAUUGGAGUGCUGUGGUGGUGUGACAAUUUAGAGAAGCUGAUGAAGAGGCCAUUUCGCUGGGCACCCAAGUCUAUCGCCAGCUGCGCACCUGCGACUUUCAUCGGUUGGAAAGAUGGUAUCUGUGAUGCGGCCGGUCUGCAUGUCAAGAUUCAGGGGUUUAUGUUUGCAGAAAGUGAAGUAGAGCGACAUGGUCCGAGCUCUAUUCUCCCUCGCGUUUUCAAUGUUGUUUCUGCAGAAACAGGCGACGUACUUGCUCGGGUACGGAUGCACGAUUGGGAGAGUAUCGCCCUGCAGCAAAAUUUAGCUUUGAUUCACAAGCCUCGUCGGCAAGAUUCUCCUCCGAAUGCAGUGUUUGUGGCUGUUGAAGAAACUGUCCAGUUACCGGGCGGUGAUAGAGUCCAUUCGACCGAGUAUGUGUGCACAAUUGUUGGUCAUGCGGAUAUAUUUCCCCCGAGGCAUGCUACGGAAGCAGUAUUCCAAGUGCAUAUGACCAUGGAGGAUCAGAGGUGGUGCAUAACUUGA